AUGGCGACGGACCCGCCCCCUCCCGUUUACUUCCGCUUCCGGUUCUAUCAGCACCUGAGUCAGUGUGUAGCUGGGAUCUCGUCGCCGGGAGCUCAAUUGAAUUUCUGCUCUUACUUGGGCACACGUCCAUUGAGUUCAUGUUGAGGGGCGAGAGACGUGCACCGCAUCUUAACUUGUACAGGGAAGAAAGUUCCAGGAUUGAUGAUGUCAGACUCAAAUAAGGAGCUGGUGAAUUUGGUAUGGGGAGAAAAAAACGGCAAAGGCCUUGUGGAUUCCAUCUUCAGCCGGUGGACACAAGGGUUUGUCUUCAGUGACUCGGAACCUACAGCGUUGGAGCAGUUUGAGGGCGGCCCCUGUGCUGUGAUUGCACCUGUACAGGCUUUUUUGCUAAAGAAUCAACUAUUUACUACUGACCAGUCCAACUGGAGGAAUUGCCGAGAAGAUGAGCAGAAAGAAGUCUUGUGUCAAACGCUGAGUAACAUUCUGGAAAUAGCCGCCACAAAUGGUGCCAGCUCUUAUUGCUUGGCAGUCUGGCAGAAAGGGAAAACCGCUGUGGAGACUGAAAGGGAACUUCCUGCAGAGACCAGCCAAGAAGGCGAGCAGCCCACUGCCUUGGCUGCAGAGGAGCUUGGCCUUGAGAGAUUUCAUGCCUUAAUUCAAAAACGAACUUUGCAAAGUUCUAGUGAACUGAGAGAAGCCAUAUCGGACAAUUAUUCAAUGUGGAGAAACAGAUUUGGCGUGCUGCUCUUCCUGUACUCUGUCAUACUCACAAAGGGAAUUGAAAAUGUGAAAAAUGAAAUUGAAGACGCGGAGGAACCUCUAAUAGACCCUGUGUAUGGCCAUGGCAGCCAGAGUUUGAUCAACCUUCUUCUGACCGGCCACGCUGUUUCCAAUGUGUGGGAUGGAGACCGAGAAUGCUCUGGAAUGAAGUUGCUGGGUAUUCACAGCCAGGCACACGUAGGUUUCCUGACACUAAUGGAGUCCCUGCGAUACUGCAAGGUGGGUGCUUUCCUAAAGUCUCCAAAAUUUCCCAUCUGGGUAGUUGGCAGCGAAACGCAUCUGACGGUGUUUUUUACCAAGGAAGUGACUCUGGUUGCCCCUGAACCACCUUCCGAACAAGCCAGACGAGUUUUCCAAGCUUAUGAUCCCGAAGAUAAUGGCUUCAUUCCCGAUGCUUUGCUAGAAGAAGUCAUGAAAGCUUUGGAUCUAGUGUCAGAACCUGAAUAUGUAAACCUCAUGAAGACCAAAUUAGACCCAGAAGGGCUGGGAAUCAUAUUACUGGGCCCGUUCCUUCAGGAGUUCUUUCCUGAGCAGGGUUCAAAAGUCCCAGAAUCCUUUAGUGUGUAUCAUUACAAUGGAUUAAGGCAGUCCAAUCAUAAUGAAAAGGUUACUUAUUAUGAAGGAACAGCCGUUAUGGGUUUUGAAGACCCAAGGCUACAGACAGACGACACACCCAUCAAAUGUUGUCUACAGACCAAAUGGCCAUAUGUGGAGCUUCUCUGGAAUACGGACCGACCACCAUCAUUAAACUGAAUCCUAAGUUUGGACCAAUAUUUAACGCAAACGAUGCUACAUUUGAGGGACAAAUAUUUACUAUUGACUGGAAAUCCUGUUUUGGUCUUACUGGUUUAAAGUGUUAAUUAAUGUUAUAAAAUACAGUAUAAAUGUAUAUAAAUUGCAAAUAUUUUAUUGUAGUCAAGUUGACAUUUAGCAGAAACCUAUACACAGGAAUACAGAAUUACUUUCUUAUCUUUAUAUAUGCUCUUUGGGGGACAAGAAUGUAACAUGUUCGUAUCAUGUACUGCACGCAAGGCAUGUGUUCUAGAACAUGUCUCGGAGUGGUACAUCUUCAGGUGGCUUUUUGUAGCAACUGUUGCACUUGUCACAUAUGUCUGAAUGUACUCUCCAUAUAGGCUCCUAUCUCUCGGGUAAUCAUUUACUUUGAUCAUGUUUUAUGUGACACCCCAGAAGCGACACUGCUGAAAUAUAAUGGCCUGGUUCUCUGGAAUUACUGAAGAAAUAAGAAAUAUUAAGUAAUCUUUCAAACUUGAUAAAGUUCUACAAUGUCAUCACAUUCGUGUUUCUUACAUAAUGGGCCCAAUGUAAUAACGCCCGAGUUUUCCGGAUGCCGGACGAUCUCUGAUGUUGUUGUUUUUUUUAAAGGGUCAUUCACUCACAAGGCAUGGCUUUGACUUGUAAGGGAUUGCACAUUUAAAAAAAACAUCCAAGAUCAGCCGGUAUCUCGUAUCUCCGUCUAUCUCGGCGUUAUUACAUCCGGUCCAUUAUGUCCAAUUUUUCAGAAGUUUCUUUUAAAUACAAGUGAGUCCCACCACCGCUGUGUAUAACGGACAGGUAUACUUAACACCUAUGUAUUGAGUGUACUUCUUUGUUUCUUUUUUUUCCCCCCUCAAAGUCUAAAAUGAAAGUUGAAAAAAAAAAAAAAUUCAGACAUGUUGUUGCCAAAUACUGUACCUUCCGCUCAGGCUCUUUCUAAUCUGCAGUCCGUAUUUAUAACUCUACUACGUGCAUGAUAAACAUCUGGUAUUAUAAGAAUAUAGUCCACUAUUUAUUACCAUCAAACUGUUGGCCUUAAAUAAACAAAGUUUGUUUUUGAA